AUGGCCGGAUUGCGGGCUGCGUUCAGGCGCUUGGGCGCCUUGUCCGGAGCUGCAGCCUUAGGCUUGGCCACCUACGGGGCGCACGGCGCCCAGUUUCCGGAUGCCUACGGAAAGGAGCUCUUUGAAAAGGCCAACAAACAUCACUUCUCUCACAGCCUGGCUCUGUUAGCGGUGCCCCAUUGCAGAAAGCCCCUCUGGGCUGGACUACUGCUUGUCUCUGGAACCACCUUGUUCUGCACCAGCUUUUACUACCAGGCCUUGAGUGGAGACCCCAGCAUCCAGCCUUUGGCCCCUGUAGGAGGGAGCUUGCUCUUUCUGGGCUGGCUUGCCUUGGCUCUUUGA